UGCCAUCUGGGACGAAAAGCCCAACUUUGUUUUAAGGUUGAAAUAAUUGUGAUAUUGAAAUAUUUGUGGCAUUUAUUAGGUGGGUUCAGGCUUGAGAGAUGGAUGCUGCAGACACGAGUUCAUUCUUGAGUUUGUUUGCUGCAGUCUCAUAUGGGAUUGCUUCAAUGGCAAUGGUUUUCAUCAAUAAGGCAGUGCUGAUGCAGUAUGCACACUCAAUGACUUUGCUUACACUCCAGCAAUUGGCAACUACUUUGCUCAUUCAUUUUGGUAGAUCCAUGGGAUACAUGAAAGCCAGAGGACUAAAUGUGGAGACAGCCAAAAAACUUAUAUUUGUUUCGUUAUUCUACAAUGCAAAUGUUGCAUUUGCUUUAGCAAGUUUAAAAGGAGUAAACAUUCCAAUGUACAUUGCCAUCAAAAGAUUGACACCACUUGCUGUUCUAAUAGCUGGAUUCUUUACUGGAAAGGGAAAACCUACAACUCAGGUAACCCUUUCAGUUAUGCUGACAGCUGCAGGUGUAAUUAUAGCAGCGCUAGGAGAUUUUUCUUUUGAUCCUUUUGGAUAUAGCAUGGCUCUUACUUCUGUUUUCUUCCAGACCAUGUACCUUGUAUUGGUGGAGAGGUCAGGUGCGGAGGAUGGGCUGUCAUCAAUUGAGAUCAUGUUCUAUAACAGCUUUUUGUCUUUACCAUUUCUCCUGUUUCUCAUCAUCGCUACUGGAGAGUUUCCGAACUCCUUGUCAUUGUUGCUUGCAAAGAGUACUUCACUAUCGUUUUUGGUUAUUCUUCUUCUUUCUCUGGUGAUGGGAAUUGUUCUCAACUACACAAUGUUCUUGUGUACCAUUGUUAACUCUGCUUUAACCACCACUAUAGUUGGUGUCCUCAAGGGGGUCGGUUCAACGACCUUUGGUUUCAUAUUGUUAGGAGGAGUGCAAGUGCACGCACUGAACGUUACUGGACUAGUAAUCAAUACAGCUGGUGGUAUAUGGUACUCAUAUGCGAAAUAUCACCAAAAGAAGAGCAAGUUGCCAAAGCUAAUGUCGGAUGUGGAAGCCCAUCGCAAGUGAAAUUCAUGUGGGUGGGUGUCCAGAAGCUGGCUUAAUAACUUAUUUCAUUCUUUCUGUUUAAAAUUUAGGUGCUUCGUCCAUGAAGUGGGGACUGGAGAGUAACAGGGCAUUCAUUAUACAUGACAUAACGCUAAUUUGAGCUCGAGUGAUUGUAAGCCAAUUUGAUGUUGAAAAGAAGAAAGUGAUCUUGUGGAAAGGAGGGAAAUAUUGAGAAACAGUGAGGGAACAAAUUGUCAGAAGAUAUUAGAAUUGAGAAUUGAAUUACAUGUUUUGGCGGCUAGGAAAGUUUAGCAAGUAUUGUAGCCAAACUACUAGUGAAUACACAAUGGCAAAGGUGUGGAAUGGCAGAGAAGUUAGUGGUAAUGAUGCAUUCAAGAUCCGAAGUCUAUUGUCGAUA